AAAUCAAAUAAUUUAGAUUGCUGGUAGUGAGUCUUAAGGCGCUAAAAUGUAAACACAAGUCAGGUGGCGGGUUGAAGGAACAUGUGUCUCCUGCCACGGUGUGUGGGGAUGAUGUAGCAGAUGUAUUGUUGCCAAACUGAUAACAUCACAUGUUCUCGACCAUUCGGCAAUGGGCUGAUCAUCUAUGUACAGUACCUAUCUUCAGAUGUUGUCUACACUCACAACAGUGGCAUUUGUAGCAGUCUAAGGUAACAGUCUGGGAACAUCAGCACAAAAUGAAGACUCCGCGUGGUAAAUCAGGUAAAGCAGCCGACACUGGCAAGCCCCAGAAGACCCUACUACACUUCUUCCAGCGGCAGGCUCAGACUAGCUCCCCUGUUGAGAAGGUCACUUGCCCAGGGUGCAGCCUUCAAAUUCCAAAGAGUAAGAUCAAUUGGCACCUUGACCAAGACUGUAAAAGUAAAUAUGAUCAAAAGAAAGGUGGCAAAAAAGGAAAGUCUCUAAAAAAUAAGUUUAAGGCUGAUCAGAAAAAGAACAAGGUUACACCAAGAAAACAAGCAGUGUUAUCUGAUACUGAAGAUGACAUGGACGAUGUGUGUGUUUUAUAUGAUAAUACAGAUGCAAACCCAGGUGACAGUAGUACAGAGACUUGUUACAUAACUUCAAAUAUGGUGGAAACACAGCUUUUUGAAUUAGAAAAUGACUCGGGUAGUAAUUUUGAAUCUGGAGUACCACCACAGUCUGAGAGUUGCAAUGAAACCCCUUCUCCUUACUUUUCUCCAAACUCUAAGCAGAUGAAAUCCUCACCAGUGAAAAGGCAGGAAAAAGUGAUCACCUAUGAAGUGCCAGAAAUUCAGAAAAAUGGUUUAGCUUUUCUGGAGGCAGAUUGGGGGUCUCCAGAGACAACACCAGAGGAGGUUAAAGAUCCUCGAGUGAUCAAUGCACCCAAAUUAUUGCCGCCUGCUCGACGCACAUGCUCUCCACAAACAAAAUCUGGCUUGGAAGUUAAAUUGAUGCUGGAAGAGGACUGGAAAUCUCCCUCCCCAGUGAAUACACCGAAGAAAAAAGAUACACUUAGACAAGGUCAGAAAAAUAUCAGUGAAGUGACUCUUGAGGACACUCAGACAGACAUAGCGAGUGAGGAUGAAUUUGACACAUCUUUUGUAAUAGGCACACCCAAAAAGUUGACAUUAAGUACAAAGUCGAGGUGUACGUCUGCGUUGGCGAAACACAAAAAGAAAAGCUGUACAUCUUCUGAUAAAGAAGCCAAGACAUUAUCAGACAAUGAUGAUUUUGAAAAGGUAGCCACAAUAAUGAGCUCGCCUACAAGGACCUCUCCAAAUAAAAGCAGAAAACCUAUUUCUUGUGAACUAAUAAAAGAAGAGAAAAACUGUUUCAUGCACUCUCCAUGUGAGAAACUCACGCCAAAUGAAAAAUUACUUGAUCGCCAAACUCCCAAAAAAGCACCAGAUAGACCUAUUCUCAGCAAAAUGUCAAAUUCGUUAUCACCCAAAUCCUUUGAAAAUAUAAAGAAAAAUAUAACAAAAUUAUUGGAUAAGUCCAUAUGCCCCAAAGUUGAACAAUUAGAUGAAAAGCAAUUGUCUCAUAAAUUGCAAGCACUAGAAUCAAAUGAAAAUAGUAAUUUGUCAGAGAGUGGAAGGGAGAGUGCUCUACUGUUCAGUCCUAUUAGGAGCCCAGUAAUUGUUACCCCAGUAAGGUCCCCCAGUCCACCGCUUAAUGAUGCAGAUAACGAGGGAAGUACGAUUCAUGUCCGAAAGCUUUUCGAACUUACAAGUCCUGCGAAGUUAAGUUCUCUUGACAUAAAUGUAGACCCAUCAGUCAAACAGUCUGUCAGUGGUCAGGAAGAUGCAUUUGAUUUAUUAUCUCAGACAUCUUCACAAAUAAAAAGGAGAUCUCAUGGAAGUCCUUGGAAACAUAAACAAGCUUUAAAAAAUACAGGGCUCUUACAAAAUUCAUCUCAGAGUUUAUCGACAAUAGCACACCACAGAAAGAGACAAUCUACACCCUCUCCCUCGGGCUCAGCUUCCACAUCUCCGGCAAAGCCUGCAGAAGAAGAACAGGUGAAUGAUCCUGCUAUGUACCGGCACCAUAAAGGAUAUUAUUUAGAAAAUUUUCUUAGAAUUUUAGGUACAGUUCUUUCUCAGCCCCAAGAUGUAAAACUUUUAAAUGCUGAUGAUCUGGAUGUCAUAAAGACAUUCCACGGUCUAGCAUUACCAGCUCAAAAGCUUUAUGUUCGAUUAUUUCAAAGAAAGAUUAAAUGGAAUAGAGUUUCCAAGAUUGAAUACCGGGAUAUUUGUGAGCAAGAAGAUACUGCAUUGUACGUUAAUGAACUCACCUAUGCAGGUUUUCUACAUAACGAAAGUGAAAUGAUUGAUUUAAAAGAGGUACUUCAGCUGUUAUCCAGUGAAGAGCUUCAUGGACUUUGUAAACAGAUGAAAAUUAGUGGUGUUGGGAAGAAAGAGGACAUGGUUGCAGGUUUAUUGAAGUUUACUAAACAACAACCAACCAUUCUCUCUGCUUUUUCCCAAGGUCCUAAAGACAACUCAUUAUUUAUGAAGAGAGCUAAGGCAUUUCUAGGUCACUGUUGCCUUGUAAAUAAGACUGUGCGGAGAGUAUUCAUGAGAGUGUUAAUGUUGUACGCACUGCCUCGCUACGACGACGACGAGGAAGGUGGCCAGCAGUCACAGCUAACCACAUUGCUCAUGGUCAACAUGGGCAAGGUGAAGUUCCCUCACUAUGACAUCAUCAGGAACCACUCUAUUUUCCAGAUCAGAGAUGAUCUCAUCAGAUUUGAAAGUUGCUCGCAGAUUCAGGCAGAUGUGCAGGAGUGUAUGGAGAGUCAGAAGUGGGAGGAAGCUCUGGAGCAUUGUGACCUGGCCAGGACCUCGUACCAGCAGCUGCUCAAGAAUACACAGCUCAUGGAUCACGACAAAUCGCUACCCAGGUUCUUGAGGCGCUUCACAUCAAUCUCCCUGCUGGUGUAUAUAUUGACCUGCUCUGUGGAGUGCUACCAACGUCUCAAGAACUAUCAAAAGGCUGUGGAGCAACUGCAGGAACUGUUGGAUCAGACUACACAUUUACAGGACUACCGUGGGCGGUGGUAUGACAGAUUAGCUCUCAACUUGGAGAUGCACUUGAAGAAACCAGCGAUGGCUGUAGAAGUAAUCAGCCAAGCUUUGAGUGAUCCUGAAGUGAGGAAGGGCCACCGUCUGUCAAUAAGCAUAAGAGCUCGACGCAUUGCAACCUCUGCACGACACAAGGCCCUAGCUCCUACUAUAGCCAAGAUGCCUCUCUUAAAACCUAUGGAAGCUCCAAAAGUUUAUAUUGAAGGGCGUAGCCUUCCUGCAGAUAUUCCUGGAUAUAAAAGAGCAUUCAUCCGCCAAGAUUCUGAUCGUCAUGCUGGGGAGGGUGGAGUCACAAUCUGCUCGGUGGAGGAAUUAGUUCUUGAGCAUUACAAGGUGUUGGGAUACAGUCAAGGUCUACACCGGGAAGGAGCUACUGUGAACUCGUUAUUUGGAAUCUACUGUUGGGAUAUUCUGUAUGCUCCCAUAUCUGAUGUAUUCAGAUCUCCAUACCAAGCAGCCCCAUUAGAUCUGGAUGAUCCAAACUUUUAUGAGGCCAGGAAGGAACAAAUUGACAAGAGACUUGCUGAUCUCUGCAGUUGGUCAGAUGAAGAAGCUGAAGCUGAACUUGAGAGAAUUUGGAGCGACCACUCAGGAGAGGUGUCACUAGUGGCAUGGGAUCUUUUCCAAAGUGUUGAACAUGCUAAGGGACUGGUUGUUAGUAUGGGGUUGCCAGUCUUGGCCGCCAUAUGCGAACGUCUAGCAAAAGAUCACAGGUUUACUCGCAGUGGGUUUCCCGACCUGGUGGUUUGGAAUCCCGACACCAAGGUAUGCUGUAUUGUUGAAGUAAAAGGCCCGAAUGAUAAAUUGUCCACAAAGCAGAUGCUGUGGCUGGAUUACCUUCUUGCAAAGGGAGCACACGCGGUAGUGUGUCAUGUUAAAGCUAUUGGGGCAAAGAAUAUGAUGAGGGGUUCUCCUCGCAAGGUGUCUCCAAAGAAGGUCUCGCCAAAGAAGGUUUCUCCUAAAAAAUCCAAGAAUUUGAAUGAGAGGAAGAGAAACUUGGAAAAUGUACUGGAAGAGAAUAUAAAAGAAAGAACGAGACCAAAGAGAAAAAUGAAUGAAGGCAACAGCUCCGUUAAGAAGAGAAAGAGUAAUGCUUGUGCAGAAAGCAGUGUUACCAAGAGUGACAGGUCUCUACGAGACAGGAGAAUCAAGAGAAAAAAUAGUGAUGAUUUUGAGGAGCAAAGCAAAAUAUUGAAAGAAAAUACAAAGACUCGUAAUGGACAAAAGAUGGAAAGGAAAAAUGCUCGAGGUACCCAAAGAAAGGCUGCGGAUGCAGGAGAAAGUAGUGCCUCAACUGCAAACAAAAAAAAAAUAAGAAAAACAAAUAAGACUUAGUGUAGAUUUGAAGGUAACAAAAGUGACAAGCAAGGCAAGUUAACUGAUAAUGUCUUUAGUUGUAAAUACAGUUUAGACAACUUAUUCUAGCCUGUUGAACAGACCAUACUAAAAAGUGAAGGGACGACGACGUUUCAAUCCGUCCUGGACCAUUCACAAUUGACUUGAGAAUGGUUCAGGACGGACCGAAACGCCGUCGUCCCUUCACCUUCUAGUGUGUGGUCUGGUCAAUAUUCUUCAGCCACGUUAUUGUGACUCAUCACCUGCUUAUUCUAGCCUUUACUAAAUACUGUAGUUUUUUUCUAGAUUGCUCAGAAUUAUUUGCAGUAAGUGGAAGGCACUCUCCAGGGUCCUUUUUGCCAUUCCCUCUUCCUUUCAAGAAAUAAAAUUUAUUUGUAUUUUCUGAAGGUGAGUGUAAUGAAGGGAAGUUGUGAAGGGAAUCUUGGGAACCUCUCCCUCCUGCAAAACCAAUUCCACAUUCAAGAAGUUAAUUAAUUCAAUACUUAAAAAUAGAGCUUUAAUGAUUCAUUGGUGAAAACUAUUUUUGGUUUUACACAGCUCUUUUUGUUUACUCUUGCUUUAAAUUACUACAAAAUGCUUCAUUUAUAUUUUUAAUGUUAAACAAAAUUGUUACCAACACAGUAUACACCAGAGAAAAUCCUAUUUAAUAUUAAUCUCCAGGAAGUGUGCACGACAUGUGAAGAAGUGUAACAACUUGAAACUUUUAACAUUGAUGUACGGUGGUGCAAGGAAGACUGGCAAUGGCCCCAUGUAACAUCAAGGCAGCAAAUUUUGCAAUAGAAUAAUUUUACCCUGAUCUGGAAGGGUAGAGUGAAUGAUUCCGUAUCUCAGAAAUUAUAAGCAUAGCUGUACUGUACCAAAAUAUCUAAAUAGAUCUUUACUGAUACUACAACAGUAGACUCAUUUGGCUAAAAAUACUAUAGAUAUUUUCACACAAGUCAAAAAAUAUGUAAGAAUGGAUAAGAAUAUUAAUAUUAAACUGACACUUGGAAUAGGCAGUUCUUAAAAUACCAUGUACUCUACAAUGUAAUUCUACUCAAGCGGACCAACCAGAUCUUUCAGUCUUCUUUUUUUAUCAUAAAUAAUAAAACUUGUUUUAGCAUAUUUCUACAAAUGGGCUCUAAAAAUAAUGUAACCUUUAAUGUAAAUAAAAUAUAUAAUUAAACUAA